UAUAUUGGGCCAUCAAAACGAUCCUUGGUGAUUCUUAUCUCAAUCAGCUACGCUGUCGGCUACAUGUUUCUCGCUCUACCGGCCUAUUACAUUCGCUCCUGGCGGCUUCUAACUCUAACCAUGACGUUGCCUCUCCUGUUUCUAUUCAUAUUUUUCAUCUGGCUACCUGAGUCUGCAAGAUGGCUUAUCUCCGUGGGGAAAUACGACAAGGCCGAAAAAGUUAUCACCAAGGUAGCCGAAGUUAACAAGGCCGAACUGCAGAAGCCCCUGUUUACCAAAGAAUUCAUGGUAGAGCAGGAACGAAUCCGCAAGGAACAUAGGCCCACAGGUCUCGAUUUGAUCCGCACACCCAGGAUGAGAAUGCGAACCAUCAACCUUGUAUUUAUAUGGUAGGCCUAAUGACUCUCAAGGAUCGUUCAAAUAUGACGUGGCAAACCGCGGCGGUAUGUUUUAAUUUUCCUUAUUAUGAUGAUGACAUAAAGUGUACU